CUGCACUUUUGUGGCUAUGUUUGCUAGUUGCUCCAACUUGCAAAAGAACCUGUAGAUGAGUGGGGUGUACCAUCAGAUGCUGUGCCUACACAUGCAAUGGAGCUCAGGCCUUACAUUGAAGAACCUAUACGAAGAAUUCUUCCAUCAUCCCAUGUUAAUUUGAAUCAUCGACCGAAAAUUCGGCAUGAUUUUGUGCUUUCAAAGCAGGAGUUUGUUGAUGCUUACUGGGAAACACUAGAGUACUGCUAUUUAACAGCUGGCUUGGCUGAACCAUUAAGUGCCUUUCCUGGCUGUUCUGUACCUGAGGUUUCUCAUCCUCGUUCAUGGAGUUCUCGUAGAUUGAUGACUACUGAACAACGGCUGGAGUUACAAAAGCGUAUUAUGAGUAUCAGUGAGGAAGGGAGAAUUCCUUUCAAAGAUUGUCUUGGAAUUGCAAGAGAGCUGAAUCUCUCUGUAGAACAGGUGCUCUGUGUUUCGUCCUCUCAGAAUAGACAGCCCAGAUUUCCUGCUACACAAAAGCAGCAGGGAGCUAGUUCUGGAUCGAUCAGUCAGAAAAGGAAAAGAUCCUCUGAUAAGGUUACCCUAAGGUUUAUUAAACAAAACGUUCAAGCUAGUGGAUCCACUGGAAAGAUAUCAGCCCAAUCUACCCAGGAUGACGAAGUACCACGGAGCACUUCUGCAUCAUCCACUGGUAGACAAUUCCAGUGGACAUAUGAGUCUAACAGAAAACUGCUGAUGAUAUACACUAGAUUUUGUGCGGCACGUGGACCCAAAUGUUAUUGGAACUCUGUCUCUGGUCUUCCAGCUGCACCACAUACAUGUCGUAAAAGGAUGGCAUACUUAAAUAAAAACAUAAAUGUAAGAAAAGCUGUAGUGAGAAUCUGUAGCCUUCUCAGAGAGGAAAGGAGGUCAAAAGUGAGCGAAGGCCAUUCACAUAUUUCAAAUUCUAGCCAUGGGAACUGUGAAGAUUCAGAUUCUGAGAUAGUCAAUUGGGAUUAUUUCGAAGAUCCAGAAAUAAAAAAUGCACUUGAUGAAGUCCUUGAAUUCAUUCGAGUAGAAAAGUUGAACCAGACAGGGGAAGUUGGGCCUAAUAAUGCAAAGAGUAAUAGUGAUAAUAAUGUCAAUGAGGAAAUUCCAAGUGGGCAGGAAGAGCUGGUUGUGCAAGGUGCAACAAGUACAAGCGCUGCAGUUCCAGAAGCUGGAUCACAUGAACAUGCUAUGUUGUCUAGACAUUCAAAUGCAACCCAUCCAAGUAAAAGCGUCGACGUACCAUGCAUAUCUCAUGAAAAGGUCAUUAAGGUCAACAGAGAUGGAUGCAAAUCAUUAGCAGUUGCAAAUGCGAUAGAGCUUCUGAAGUUGGUUUUUCUCAGCACAUCAUCAGGAUCAGAAGUACAAGCUUCAUUAACUGCAACCCUCCAGCUUUAUUCAGAGAGUGAAAUAGUCACUGCCUUUUCUUUUCUCAAUGAGAAGAAGUUCACGGUUAGUGGAAAUGGAACAAAGCCAUACACCCUUUCACGAAAAUUCUUCUUGAAGGCUUCUCAUUCACCCUUUCCAUUUGGUUCAGGAAAAAAAGCUUCUGAAUUUUCUAAAUGGCUUAUAAGGCAGCAAAAGAACAUUAUGGAUGGUAGAUUUUAUUUAUAUCCAGAUGUAGAAUGUGGGGAAAUUGUUUCUCUCUUUUCUCUGGUUUUGUCAGGAGAGUUAUCCGUUUCACCUUCCUUGCCAAGCGAAGGAGUUGGUGACGCUGAUGGGCCUAAUAUCUCCAGUUAUUUGGUUGAAGAUACCAGUGGACUGAAUGAUGGCACUCACAAACGAAAGGCUGAUAUGGUGGAACAGGAAAGCGGUACGGCUAAGAAACACAAGCCUUCUUAUCGUCGCGAGAAAGGUUUCCCUGGUAUCCAAGUUGCUCUGAAUCAAGAGAGAAUUCAAACAAGCGAUCUCACACAAGUGUUACAUGAUAAGGAGUGCCUUAUUUUUAGUUCAGCCAGGGAAAUGAGUAGAAAUGAUGGUCAUUCCCAGGUCGAAAGCCACAAUAUGUUACUGCAUUUGAAUAACUCCUGUUCAUGUCGGCGUAUGUUGUCUGAAUCUCAGUUGGAAAACUCUUAUAAUGGAUGGCCUUGGGAUGCUAUGAAAACAUAUGCUGACCAGUUACAACCAUCAUCUUGUAAUCAAAAUGAAUCAUGCAUAUUGUCUUCUGAUCUGUUCAGAAAUGCAUUUUGUAUUAUUCAUCGAGGUGGAGAAGGAGGAGUUAAUUUGACUGAAUUGUCACAGGAACUGCAUCCAUUAGGCACACGGUUAAUCAAUGUGAUUGUUCAUACCCUCAAGAGAUUUCAUCUGGCUAUGGAGGUCAAUGCGUAUGAUGGUUUCCGGAUCGUUGACUCAUUACAUAAGUCAAAGUAUUAUAUAAGCACACUUGCAGAAUACAGCCAUUGCAGCUGUCCAGGAGCUCCAGCUUCUCAAGUAGCGGAGACUGGCGGCACCGAAAAUGUACUGAAAGGGAACCAUUCCAUGUCUAGCAAGCAGGGGACUGUCAAAAUGCUUGGUGAUGGGCACACUGUCACAGUUCUUAGUGUUCAAAGCAAGCCAAACUCAUCUCAUAUGUGUAGCCAAAAUCUGGGAGAUAAGGAAACAAUGUCUACUCCAGAAGAUAUCAGGGAGAGUGAUUGCUGCCAUGCUUGUGAAAGGCAUAUUUAUCACCCUAUAUUACCAUGGAUAAAUGGCGAUGGCAGCAUGAAUAGCACUGUGUAUGAAGGUUUAACUCGUCGAAUUAUUGGCUAUGUGAUGCAGUUCCCAGGAAUAGUAGAGGAGGAUAUUAUCCAUCAGAUGGAAGUGUUGAAUCCUCAGACAUGCAGGACCUUGUUGGAAAAGCUGACACUUGAUAGACACCUCUAUGUUCGGGUGUGCGAAACACCUGUGCCUACGGGUCCCACCAUAUUGCAGAGUCUUUUCAGUCAGGGCACCCGUACAGAACCAACCAAGCGUAGAAGGCGUUACUUCGCUAACCCAUCAAGUACAUUCAUGUUGUAAGAGUAACCCAGUUUGGGCUCAAAGUUGUGUUAAAUGUUCCUUGUCUGUUUGUGUGAAAUGUACUGCCAACGUGUUCUUCCCCAUCUGUGGGCUGCACCGUGCAUUUUCCAUACGGUGUAAUGCUGGGCAGUUGCUCCGCUAUUGGUCAAUAUAUGAUUCUUUUUCUUA